AUGAUUGUGAGCAGAGACAGCUUUGGAAGGAAGCCAAUGAAGCUUGUGCUUCAGGCCAUCCAAUAUUAUAAUUUUAAACGGCCACAAACGGACAGAAAAGACAGAAGAGACGGUUCUUCUGGACACUCUCUCUUGCUUCCCGUUCCCGUCCAAUCUUCUUCGGGAACGAUCGUCUCCUCUCUUCCUCACUUUCGAUCGAUAAUACUCAGGAGUCAAAGUUCAAGCAGGGAGGCCCUUUGUGGUAUUGUAUGUCUUCUGUUGUUCGUAUUCCCACAACUUGCUCCCAAGGGGAAAUUCAUAGCAUUUGUGUUGACCGACGCAGAGACUGACAACCCUCAAACCGAGCUGAAGCCUGGAAUCGACCCUCUUGGUCAAGUUGAUGAGCUGUUCUUCGAGAUCUAUGAUAGAUACGAGCCUGUCAAUAAACCCACUUUGGACAACUGCUGCAUUUCAACGAGUUAUGAUGCUACAACACACAUUGAUACUACUGUUGUUGAUGUGCUGAACAUGUAUAAACUUAUCACCGGCAAGGUAAUGCUCCAGAUUCUUACAAAUAUUUGUUUGAUUUUUUCAUUAACCCCACAUCUUAUGCGAGCUGUGUCUGUUUCUUUCUUAAGACAAAAUAUUUGUUUUUGUCUGUUUAAACACAAAAUCAGUUUGAUCUCCUCAUGUUCCUGGUUUAGCAGUGUCUGUUUCUUUCUUAAGACCAAAAUGUUUGGGGUGUCUUACAUAAGAAUGCUCUUGUCGUUGAACAAUCCUCGUCUUAAUCUGAGUCUUGUCACAUUCAUAGUCGCAUCAGUUUUUUUCAAGACUUGAGUAUUGUUGAGCAGCCAUUUUGAUAUUGAUACUCUUUGACCCUUUUUGUUGCAGUGGACUUUCCAUCCAUUCAUCUUGAAAAGCAAAAAGAUAUACACUGUCUUGAUAUAGUGUAGAGUUCUAGCAUUCU